AUGGCCUCGACGAUGGAGCAGAUCCAGCAACAGCUCGAGCGGGCUCAGAGCUAUAUCCUGGCCAAGCUUCCCGAGGACCGUCAAUCGCGUAUAUUCCUUUCUGGCGGUGUCGCCAGUGUGGCCGGCGUUGUGCUUUUGCCGCUUCUAUACCACUCGUUUCUAGGACGACAGAUCUCCCACACGCGUCCUAAUGCAUCCUCGAGAUUGGCAGCACUUGAGUGUGCUGAAAUUGCAUCUUUGCCCAAAGACGUUGUAGAGAACUCUCACAGAUACCGCGUUGCCCAUGAUAAGGUGGUCAAGCACGUUCCGGACCUCGUCGUUGUUAUGGGAGAUGAACUCGAGGAGCAAUUCACUAAGCUGCUCCGCCGAAACAUGACCGCCUUCUCACGCAUGCCCCAAGGCUGGCUCCUUUGGUUUGCGUUGAACACACCAGAUCAAAGACAGACAUUCUCGAAAGAACACAUCCAGAAUUCAAACUUCCAGGAGGGCGACGUCGUUUGCGGGAUCUACAAUGUUGUAAAGCGGACGGCACUGCAUGUUGAAAUCGAGAUUGAGUUCCCAAAAGCCCUUGGGGCAUUGUCCGGCUUGAUGAUCAUCAGUAUUCGACCGCGAAACGAAGGUGCGGCGAUGGUGACGGAGACGAUUCAGUGGACCAAGAAAGACAGCGGUGUUGUGCUGCCGCUCGAGCGAUGGAUUGGAGGCUUCCUUCAUAGWGUGGCUAGCAGGUGGUUGGUGAUCACCGGCUCUGCAUACAUGCAGAGUUUGAGUGCGAAGUUUUAG